AUGGCCUGUCGAGUUAUUGCGGCAACUUUUAACAUAGUUUCUUUUACUGUCAUCAUGGUCAGCAAUGGUCUCUUUGCAUCGAGAGGAUGCCCUUAUGGAUGGGUGCCUUUUGCUGAUUCUUGCUACUUGGGUCUGGAUGGAUCCCUGCAGGGCUACUGGUCCACUGCCGUGAUGCAGUGUGAUCGUAACAACGCAUCUAUAAUGGUCCCGAGCUCAGACGGCGAAAAUGAGUUCAUAUUCAAUUCGUUUGAGCACCACGGAAAUCUGAGAGGUGUUUGGAUCAAUUGUAAUGAUGCUGAAGUUGAAGGUGAAUGGAACUGCAUCGAGAAUGGUAAAUAUCUGACUGAUUAUCGGAAGUGGGAGCCCGACCAACCAGAUGAUGACAAAUGGCAGGUAAAUCAGGAUUAUGGCUUCAUGAUAACCCAAGUUUUCGCUGAUAAGAAUCCAGACAUACUUGGCUUUUGGGGUGAUGUGAGCAAAGGUCGACCUAUGUUCAUCGUCUGUGAGCGUCCUCGCCAAGUCAGCCGUAGCCAGUCUGCUAUGAACGUCUACUGCAUGACCAUAGAUUAG